UUUCGCGUCCUCUGAGCUCGGAAGGUUGCGACCGGAGUUCAAGUUGUGUGAUGGACUGGAAGUCGAAAAGCACCAGACCAACGAAUCCGAGGAAGAACGCGAACGUCUUUUGCGUUCCAACAUUUCUCUUUACACUACCGAUCUUCUUCAAAGGAUGGCGACAGGAGUUGACAGAGGCCGACGUUUACGAGCCACUUUCCGGUUACCGUGCGCGCUUGCUUGGUGAAAAAUUGGAGCAGCUAUGGAGAGAAGAGGUUCAGAAAUGUAAAAAAUCGAAUGCGACGCCGACGCUUCGAAAUCCGCUAAUACGGGCCUUUUGGUUUGAGGGCACCGUGAAUGGAUUGAUUUUGAUGGUGAAUGAAGUGAUUGUCAAGCCUCUACAAUGCGUUCUGAUCGGUCGACUUAUUACCGUCGUCUCUUCCGUCGACAACGUGGGGAAGCAUGAAUUGUAUAUGUAUGGUGCAGGGGUGGCUUGUUGCUCGCUGAUAGCUUCCUCCUUAAUGCACCCGUACAUGCUGGCAGCUCAUAAUCUAGGUUUGAAGCUAAGGAUCGCGUGCAUUUCUUUAGUUUAUCGGAAGAUCCUGAGACUAAAACUUAGUGAAAUCGAAGGGAUAAGUUCUGGAAAAAUUCUCACGCUAGUUACAAACGAUUCGAAUCGCUUCUAUGAGAUUCCUAUAAUGAUGCACUACCCUUGGGUAGUGGUGCUUCAAAUUGUCGUAGCAGGAUGGUUCCUAUAUGAAGAGUUUGAGAUUUCGUCGCUAUGUGGUGUUGGCUUUAUAAUUUCAUUCGUGGGGCUUUAUUUACUUCUGGGAAUGAUUUUGAAACGCUUACGUUCGAAAACACUCACAAAAACGGACGAAAGGGUGCGUGUGACCAAGGAGAUCAUCUACGGCAUACAAAUGCUCAAAAUGUACAAGUGGGAAGGCUAUUUUUCGAAUUUGGUGUCUGCAUGUCGCAGAUUGGAAAUCAGAUCUACGCGCCUUUCUUCGUACGUAAAAGGGAUGUGUACGAGUUUCCAUCUUUUUGUACAACGCACGUCGGUUUUUGUCACGAUUUUGGUUUUUGUGCUUUUAGGCAACGAUAUAACAGCUGCAAAAGCGUUUCAAUUGGUAUCUUUUUACACUAUCCUGCGAAAUACUGUCGUAUACUUCCUGCCAAAGGCCAUUCAUGUAAUAAUGGAGUCCGUAAUUCCACUGGGAAGAUUAAGCGAGUUUCUUCGCUGCGAUGAAAUCCAGAACGAUUCACCCGCUCCCUCAGACGGAAGUGGAGACGCAAUCAUACUCCGCAACGUUUUUGUGCAGAAAGCUUCCGCCAACCUUCUUUCUGACAUGAGUGCCACUAUAGGACGAAACCGCUUGGUUGUGAUUGUCGGGCCAGUCGGUUGCGGUAAAACAAACUUGGCACACGCUAUCCUAAACGAGAUGUCUUUGAGCUCAGGUUCACUAACAGUGUCAGGAAGUGUCAGUUACGCAUCUCAAGAACCUUGGAUCUUCACCAGCAGUGUACGACAGAAUAUCAUUUUCGACAAUACAAUGGACAAAGAACGCUAUGACAACGUAGUGAAAGCUUGUGCUUUAAGCCGUGACCUGAAACUGUUCCCUCACCACGAUCAGACAAUCGUGGGCGAGCACGGUGCGUCACUAAGUGGUGGACAAAAAGCGAGAAUCGGCCUGGCUAGGGCCGUUUACAGAAACGCUGACAUUUACAUUUUGGACGACCCUCUAUCGGCUGUAGACUCCCGCGUUGGAAAGUCAAUCUUCGACAACUGCUUCAAGUCACUACUGAAGGAUAAGACUGUUCUCCUAAUUACUCACCAGGUGCAAUACUUGAAGGCCGCCGGUCAUAUUAUUGUACUUAACAAUGGUACGGUGACAGCCCAAGGUAGAUUUUCAGACUUGGUUUCCCAAAACGUCGACUUUGACAAGAUACUUUGCAACGGGGAAGGUGAAAUGCUCGCAGAAUGCGAAAUAAAUCCUCUGAAAACACGAACCGCGCGCACCGAGUCAUUAGUGUCCAAGCCAGUAGAUGUUUCAAACACAACGAACGAGCAAGCAACUACAGGUGUCAUUACAAGCUCUGUCUACAAAACCUACUUCUCAGCGGGAAGCCAUUGGAGCACCUUGUGCUUUAUGAUUGCUCUAUUUGUGAUAGCCCAAGUACUUGCAAGUGGAUCUGAUUACUUCAUCGCCUAUUGGGUUAAUUUGAAGCAAGUCCAAACUUCGUCGAUCAGCAUGCCAAUUGACAUAUUCAUUUACAUUUACACGACCUUAAUCCUGGGGGUAAUAGUUUUUGGUGUUGCUGCAAUGGUCACCUUACAUAAUCUGUGCAUGCAAUCUUCGACCAGCUUGCACAACGCCAUGUUUACAAGUGUUCUCGGAUCGCCAUUAAAAUUCUUCCAUCUAAACCACUCUGGAAGAAUCUUGAACCGAUUCUCCAAAGAUCUACAAACAGUCGAUGAAGAGCUACCACUUAUGAUGCACGAAACUGCUCUGUUGGGUCUUGUGACCAGUGGAGCGUUAGUUCUUAUGGCCACUGUCAACUACCUUUCAUUAAUUCCAGCUUCAAUCGCUAUUGUAAUGUUGUACUAUCUGCGCAAGUUCUAUCUCGCAACAAGUAGAAACCUUAAACGCUUGGAGGCGACAACUAGGAGUCCGGUUUUGGGCUAUGUAAACGCCACGAUCCAGGGAUUAUCAACGAUACGCGCCUUUAACGCCCAGCAGGUUGUGCUAAAUGAGUUUAACUACCACCAAGAUCUGAACUCUUCCGCCUCUUACAUGUUCAUCUCAACAUCCAGAGCCUUUGGUUAUUGGACUGAUCUAUCCUGCAACAUGUAUGGGAUCUCUGCCAUAUUUCUUAUCCUCAUCAUUGGCGAUAACUUGGGCGGGAAUCUUGGAAUAAUCCUAACCCAAAGCUUAGGACUAACGGGAAUUCUUCAGUUCGUGGUGCGGCAAUACGCUGAAAUGGAGAACGCCAUGACAUCGGUUGAACGCGUUCUAGAAUAUGGCGCACUUGAGCAAGAAAAAGAAGACGAAUCCAUUACACCUCCUCCAAAUUGGCCGGAACACGGCGAAAUCGUUUUCGACAGCAUUUCACUCCGAUACUCACGUGAGGUUCUGAUCUUAAACAACAUCAACCUUCUAAUUAAACCAAGAGAAAAAAUCGGCAUCGUUGGGCGAACGGGGGCUGGAAAAUCGUCAAUUAUCAACGCCCUGUUUAGAUUAAGCGAGUUUUCAGGCUCGAUUGCAAUCGACGGAAUCGAUACCAAGACUGUCCCACUGAGUGAAUUGCGUUCCAAAAUUUCGAUUAUUCCCCAACAGCCGACCAUCUUCUCGGGAUCGGUGAGAAACAACCUGGACCCGUUUCGCGAAUAUUCCGACGACAUUCUAUGGAAAACACUGGAGAACGUCGAAUUGAAAGAUCCCGUCAAUGACCUGCCCUCCGGUUUAAAUUCGAUUGUUACUGAAGGUGGUGCCAAUUUUAGUAUUGGUCAACGUCAACUCGUAUGUUUAGCGCGUGCGAUGCUGAGGAAAAAUAAGAUUCUUGUUCUCGACGAAGCCACAGCGAACGUGGAUCCAAAGACUGAUCUUUUAAUACAAAGAAAUGUUAGGGAGAACUUUUCGGAUUGCACGGUUCUGACGAUCGCCCACAAGUUGGACACUGUCAUGGACUCUGAUAAAAUUUUAGUUAUAGACGACGGAAAGGUGGUGGAAUUUGACCACCCUCACGUAUUGCUACAAAAUUCCGACGGUGCCUUCUGUGGUAUGGUUGACCAAAUGGAUAAGUUAUCGGCGGAAUAUUUGCGGAAUGUUGCCCAGAUGAAUUACGCAAACAAUAUGACAGAGAGCUCUAGGUUGUGAUGCUUCCAGUUUUGCCCACGUUUGAUAGUAGUUAAAAUAAAACCGGUAGUCAAUAUUACAGUGCCUUGCCGCACAAUAGUAUUACUUGCUUGUCAGUUAAUGGUAGUUGUGGGACCGAUAGCAGCGUACAGUUUUCGGAGUUUGAACAGUAAGGAACGGAGGAUAGUGGCCAAAUACAAAAACCUUUUAUAUCAGUUGCGUAUGUGCAUGCCCCUCCUCAAAUUCAAAGAUUGUGAGAAAUUUUAGGGUACGGUUCAUUGUUUUCUUAGCACUAUUUUAUUUCUCUAUUCGAUAGGGUUUUGUG